AAACGCACAGUCCAAAGUACGCACAGCAGCAACCGAAGCUGAGUCUAGUUUACUCAGCACGAUUUUUAAAUUUAAAACAACUACUUUUAAGCUUGAAGUUUUGGUCCAUUUUUUAAUUGGACGUUCUUUCGUUUCGGAUACCUGCAACGCGUUUAGAGUCAACUUAAACUUUACUUUUCUCCGCUUUGGCUUCUUCCAGUUUUGCAUUUGUUGCUUUUUUUGCCUGGACAUUCCUGCAAACCGGAUACCUGCAGUUUUUGGGGGGUUUUAAUUCGCUUCACCUUAUUUUAUCCAGUUUCACAGCUGGUUUUCUUUAGCUCUUUUUGAUUGGAAGUGAGCCCGCUGGACUCUCUCCACUGUCUGCUGUUUGGGCAGGCGGACCAUUCACCAAAACAAUGGCUCGUGUUUUUCUAACGUGCCUCGUUCUUCUUGUUUCGUCGUACCUGGUCAGCUCCUCCGGUGUGUUCGAGCUGAAGGUACGCGAGUUCCACAGCGAGCGCGCGCUCAACAGCCGCAUCUUCUUCCGCGUGUGCCUGAAACAUUCCCAGGACGUGAUCUUACCCGAACCUCCGUGCACCUACGGAGCUGGCUUCACAGAGACCUUAAGAUCUGACCACAACUCCAUCUCCAGCAGUGCCCCCAUCAGAGUGCCCUUCUACUUCAAGUGGCCGGGAACAUUUUCGUUAAUUAUUGAUGCAUGGAAAGCUUCGGAGUCCACUUCUGAGCAAUCUAUCGAGAACCCGGAUAAUGUCCUCAUCCGUCUGGCCACCAAGCGCACCCUGGCCGUCGGAGACUCGAACCAGGGCAAGCACAAUCAGAAUCAAAGCGAGCUGCUGUACUCCUAUCACGUCGCCUGUGAUGAGCAUUACUACGGCGACAGCUGCUCCGACUACUGCCGACCCCGCGACGACACCUUCGGCCACUACACGUGCGAUUCCACUGGCAAUAGGGUUUGCCUGGAGGGCUGGAAAGGAGAAUACUGCGCAGAUCCCAUCUGCUCAUCUGGCUGCAGCGAGGAACAUGGUUAUUGUGAGACCCCUGGCGAGUGCAAGUGCCGCCUCGGGUGGCAGGGCCCCCAAUGCGACGAGUGCACACGCUAUCCGGGCUGCUCGCAUGGCACCUGUGACCAGCCAUGGCAGUGCAUCUGCAAGGAGGGCUGGGGUGGCCUCUUCUGCAACCAGGACCUGAAUUUCUGCACCAAUCACAAGCCCUGCAAGAAUGAUGCCACCUGCACCAACACAGGACAGGGCAGCUACACCUGCACCUGCAAGCCUGGCUUCACUGGCAAGGACUGUGAAAUAGUGAAUGUGUCCAGUGAAUGUGACAGCAAUCCAUGCAAGAAUGGUGGCAGCUGCAACGAUAUGUUAAAUGACUACUCGUGCACAUGCCCUCAAGGCUUCUAUGGAAAGAAUUGCGAGAUCAGUGCCAUGACCUGCGCUGAGAGGCCCUGCUUCAAUGGGGGCACCUGCAUCACCGAUGACACAACUGGGGGCUACUCCUGCCGCUGCCCUCCUGGCUACAUGGGCUCCAACUGUGAGAAGAAAAUCGACAGAUGCAGCAGCAAUCCCUGUGCUAAUGGGGGUAUUUGCCGAGAUCAGGGUCUCAGUUUUGUGUGCCAAUGCCGCCCAGGCUUCCGAGGCUCCCGCUGUGAGAUAAAUAUAGACGAAUGUGCCCGCAACCCCUGCCGCAAUGCUGGAACCUGUGUGGAUGGCAUCAACGACUACACCUGCAAGUGCACCCUGGGCUACACGGGUAAGGACUGCGGUGUCCGUUCAGACACCUGCAGUCUUAUGCCCUGUGAGAACGGAGGAACAUGCUAUACCCACUUCAGCGGGCCUGUGUGUCAGUGCCCACCAGGCUUCAUGGGCUCCCGCUGCGAGUACAGUCAGCCACCCACACGCCCCCCUACCCCACGUGAAACAGGCAGCUUCCCAGCAGCUCUGGCUGUCUCCUUUACACUAGGCCUGAUCACCCUCACCCUGGUGUUGUGUGCUGCAAUCAUUCUCCUGAGGCAGAUGAGGCGCCGUGGUAAAGCCACUUCCAUCUCUGUGCGGAAUCAUCUUGACACUGUCAACAACCGUGUCUCAGUCAUCUCCACCAACCAGUCUGGCUUCAAGGAGAAGGAGGCCUUCCUUAUCCCUGGUGGUCCAUACAAGGUGUCCAACAAGGACGUGGCCCUGAGCUCGGGCAUCAUGGACACAUGCUCUAACAACAAGGCAAACAACAAGCAGAAGAUGGUGGACUACAAUCUGGCCAAUGAGGAGAAAAACACCAAGGACAAGCUAGACCUGAAAAACUCAGAGACCAGUCUAUUGAUGCCCCCUUCCUCCUUCACUAAAGAAAGUUUAUAUCAUCCUGUAUACAUCAUUCCUGACCAGAUGGACCCAUGCAUUUUUGCUACUGAGGUUUAACAGUAUUGUCUUUCCUGGAGCACCUCAGUCGUUGGCAGGCUUCACCUUACCAUGUUUACAUGCUUUCAAUGGACGUUUGGAAGACGAGAAGAGAGUAUAUAUUAUAUAGACCUUUAUUAUUUAAUAUUUAUUUAUGCUGCUUACAAUGAAAGGACUACUUUUUGAUGAGGACAAUGUCAUUGCGAGGACAAAGCAAGAGGAGCUGAAAGAGAGCUGGAAGAAUGGAGGAACUGCCAGCAAUAUUUGCACUACUUUUUAUUUUAUUUCUAUUUUAAAAAUCCAAUACAGAAACACUCACACAAAUAUAUAUAUAUAUAUAUAUAUAUAUAUAUAUAUAUAUAUAUAUAUAUAUAUAUAUAUUUUGUUAUACUUAAAAAAAAGAAACAUGAUCUCUGUGGAUGAAUAGAGAAUCAAAUGUACCGUAAUCAAAAAAGGCAGGACCUUUUCUCUCCAGAUGCCUUAUAUGGAGUGUAUGGAGUGUAUCUCAAUCUAAAUGAGUGUGCCUUACACCAAAUGAGGACUUGCAUCCAGUCAGUCAAGCCCUGAGACUAUAUGUGAUGAACUGACACAAAGGAGAUAUUGCUGAACAAUCCUGGAGCCUGAGCUUGGAAUACCUUCUGGAAGAUUCGGAAUGUUAUCUGCAUGUAAUCGAGGAUCUAUCCAGUCACAAUCAAUCAAGUGAUCAACAGGCUGGUUUCUGCUGCAGCCAUGUGGACAGUGAGAAUCUGAUGCCUUUAAUGGUUUUGACUAUCUGUGAGAACUUACUCAAAGCAAACACAAUCUGAACAAGUGCCUGAUCUGAUCUGUAUCAUGGUUUAAUGAAAAGGUGUACUCCUUAGAAACACAGUUAGUUUAAGUUUUUCAUUAGAAGUAUAUUUGCUACUUACAAAUUGUCAGAUUCUCUCCAAGCAGAUUGUUUGUAUAACACGACUUGAUGGAUGCUGUUGCACACAGCUUUUAUCCUGUCAUAGCUCACUGCCAGUUGGCUAUUUCUUACAUUCCCAUGACUUGAAAGAAGUAUAAUGUUCUGACCAGUAGCUUCAACAAUUGCCAAGAUUUCCUGGCGUGUUGAAUUUAUGAAUUUUGCUGUUUAAAAGAUGCUUUUUCUAGUAUAUUUUUUCACUUUGAACCAAAUAGAUUGUUUGUUUUAUAUAUAUAUGUGUUAUAUAUUAUCCUCAUUUAAUUUAACAAUGCAAUGUUGUACAAAAUAUUGAGAUAUUCCUACUAUUUAAUUUGAUUGUAAAUAAUUUGUAUUUAUACAGAGAAUUGUAUAUAUGUCCAUGUUAUGUGCCUAUCAUCACAAAGCCAGAAAUAUAUAUUUUUCUUAGAAUAAAUCAUAAAAUCUG